AUGUCUCAUCAAUUUUACUCCGAGUUAUGGCUCGCGACGAGGGAAGAUGUGGAGAAACUUUUACGGACGGAUCAGGAUGGACUGCAGCAGGAAAAGAAAGGGGGGAAAUCGAAAGAUAAAAUCUCGGGUCAGCUGGUUACGAUGUACAUCAGAUAUAGGGAAUUAAUUCGUCGCCUAGCUCUAUGUCACGAUCAAGUUUGUCAGUACCAGAAACGCGAGCUGAUAACGCAGGUGCUUAAUUGUGCCAUUGGACGAAUGUUGGAGUAUAAACGACAGUUGGUCCUCUACCAGAAUACGGAAUCAGUCUACGCUGACGAUGUUCUGAUACCGCUGAAACUCACUCCGGACGACAUUGGUUGGCGAAAACCAUCCUACUUUGUUACGGACCGACAAUCUCAUCUCGACGCUCGCAAGAAAUAUAUAAAUGACCUGAUCCGGCAGAAACUGGCGUCUGCAACCCUGCAAGAUUCGCGGCGAAAUUCAACCGUUAUCCCGAGCCGGAGCGAAUCGGAAGGGAAAAUGUCGCGAAAAGCUUCGCGGCUGUCUCCGCGUGUGACUGAGGGGGAAAUCGAGGUGAACUUGAAUCUUCCGAUACGGGUAGAAAGCCCGGAAGAAGCUGCGGCGAGGAUCGCCCGUGAGGAGCUAAAUUCGGCCAUUCUGCUGAUCCAGUCCCAUGACCGGGCCAGGAAGGCCAGAAUCGUCGGGGCCGAAUUAAAGAGAACGAGCGACUACAAGAAGAAGCUUGCCAGCGGUGAAUUGGUGGAAGUGAAACACGACAAGAGAACCAAGGUCAAAGCGGUCGUCACGAUGCAGAAAUGGUGGCGAAGCUACGCGACGCGAAUCCACCUUAAGGAAAGGACCGACCGCCUCGAGGCGGUCCUUGGCAUGUCCAUUCCCAGCUGGAAACCUCAUCAAGUAUUUGACCGGGACGCUGAAAACUUUAAACGAAUACAAUCGAUGCAACCGGAAUACGCCGCAGCCACUCUUGCGGCCACUUACGCCGAGAACGCCAGGUUGCACCGAAUUCGGGGACCAGGACUGAUGGAGGACAUAACCGACGAAGUCAAGGAAUGGUUUCUGCUCUGGUACAACGAGUUAGGAUUUUUCGACGCUUAUCCUUCGGCCCUAGCAGGAGGCAGUAUCCUAAUAGCAACAGGGCAGACCCGCACCCCGGAGGAAUAUCACAUGGAACAGAUGCGGAAGGCGGAAGAAGCAAAGAAAGGAAAGGGAAAAGCUGCGGCUGCAGCCAAGGCGACGCCGAAAGUCAAGCAACGCGGCGAUAAAAUGGAGGAGCCGAAUACCCUCAAAGGCCUGAGGGAGGCGAACGACAACUUCCUCGCAAAUUGGAGCCUCCGGGAUGAAACCGGGAACCCCCAUCAGCGCGAAUACCUUGACCUCAUCACCGACAAACUGUCCUACGAACUCCAGCUCGAGAUAAGGGAAGUCGUCGACGAACUCAUGCGCCUCGAACUCGCCACCCUUGAAGCCGCCCUCGCGAAGGACGAGGCCGAAAGCGACGGGGGCGCGAAGGGACAAAAAGAUCAGAAACAUAACAAAGGGACGAACAAUAAAAAGAAAAACAAAGACAAGGCGAAGGGCAUGGGUAAAGCGGGCAAGAAAAAGGAACAGGGACCGGCUCCAACGAUUGAGGAACUCUUCACCGAGCUGGUGAACACCGGGAUAAUCCGCGAAUAUCCGGAUGUUAAGAUGAGCGAUUGGAAGGGCGACGUGUCCUACCAGAACACGGAGGCUCGUAGGGAAUUCAGAGAGCCCAGAAACUGUCUGGGCGACGUGGUCCAGCCGAUAAUGGAGUACUGCGUGCUCCCGGUUGGCUCGAAGGAGAUACACCAGGUCGCUCCUUUAGUCCGCUCCGUUUCUAUAGUCGGACUUCCCCGCUCGGGCAAGUCUUUUCUGGUAAACGCGAUUUGCAAUGAAAUCGGCGCCCUGCUUUUCGACCUUACCCCGAAAACGGUCGCGCAGAGCUACCGGACGAAAAAGGACCUGGAGAGGCUCGUCGGUUCCAUCAACAAGGUUGCUCGCGCCUAUGCGCCCUCUCUGCUCUUCGUCGACGCCGGACACCAGCCGUGGUGGAAGAAAGUACCCCCCGAGGAAAAGCAAAAUAAUCCGAAGCUUCUCGCUGGACCGUUGACCAAACUCGUCAAGGGAAUCCGCCCCGGGGAUCAAAUCCUAUUUCUCACGACAACGGACCAACCGCAAAAAGCCGGAAAAGGGUUCAUGAAGCUCCACGAUAAGUUCAUCCUCAUACCGCUCCCCGAUUACAACACGUUGUACCUCAUCUACAAAGAGUUGCUGAUGCGGUAUCACGGGGUGGACAGAAACUUUGACUGCUCGAGUCUAGCCAGCUUCUCGGUCGGACUUCCGCUGGAGGAAAUUCGCAAUGCGGUAGAGAACGUCCUGACCGUCGAGCGCCGAAUUAGCCUGAAGAAGCGAACCCUUCAGCCCCAGGAGAUCAUACAGUAUCUGAUCUCCAACCGGGUUCAGACUGGGACGAAGGAGUACGAGAAGUUGCUUAAAUGGGAGAAGAAAACUCCCCUCGGUAAGCGACAUUCGAAAGUUGAAGCCGAGGAGAGGGCAGCUCUUGGCGGCAAGAAGAUGCAGAAGGUGCAGGAGAGGCAAAAGUAGACAUUCGCAUUAUUCAAUCGGUGUAAGAACUUGACGGCCAGGUUCGUGAAGAAAUGGAAGCCGCGACACCGCGGGGGAAAAAGCGGAAUUCUUUUCGUCCCGAAGAUGCUCUCGGCGACUUUUUUCAUUAUACCCAUACAGCGGAAGGAACUGUCGCGGUUUCGUCGGUCCGACUGAACGGCAUAUGCACGCAACACGUAAAAGUAUGUGUGUAUGUGCGUACAUCCGUACCGUCAUACGCUACUGUGGUCGCUACACCUACGCACGUUGCACCUACGCGCGUUGCUUCACCUACGCAUUACACCGAGGGAGAGCGGUGGAUGGGGGAAAAUUUUCAACAGGAAACGAAAAUGGAACACGAAUUAUCGCUAGGAGCGAAAUGAUAAUCACACGCAAUUAGUCGUUUACCCGGAUUUCAAAAAUCCACCCGGUUCCUGCAGAGCAAUGCGCAGGACCGAGUGACGACUCGCUGCAGCGCUUACCUAAGGUCGA